AUGGCUAAAGAAAGGCCAAAGUUACAAGAUGAUCAAAGAAACAAAGUUGCCCAGUGGCUGUUAGAGCAUAGCAGUGAAGGCAACCUUCGCCAUGGAGCAAAAAAAGAGGCGGCACUUCACUUCAAAGUAAACUUGAAGACCAUUUGGAGGAUUUGGAGCCAAGUCUCCAAUCAAAGAGCAUCCGGUGUACCUGUCCAGGAGAAAAAACUGAAACCACAUACAAAUGCCAUAAAACCCUUCCUUACCACACAAAACAAGCUAUGUAGGCUGAGGUGGAGCCUUAAACAGCUCAGUGGGGUAAGUGAGGAUGGUUUUAUACCAUUCCAAAGUAUGUACAACACCAUCCACAUCGAUGAAAAAUGGUUCUAUCUUACCAAAACCAAUGAUAGAUACUACUUCAUGCCCGAUGAGGAAGAACCACAUAGGACAUGCAAAUCAAAAAGGCAUAUUGAAAAAAUCAUGUUUAUGUGUGCUGCUGCGAGGCCUAUCAUUGAUGAAGAUGGCACAGUCAUAUUCGAUGGAAAGUUAGGCAUUUAUCCUUUCAUAACCACAGAGCCAACACAAAGGAACUCGAAAAACAGAGUGAAAGGUACGCUGGAAGUUAAGGCAAUUGCAGCAAUCACUAAGCCCAUCAUUAGAGACUGCCUUAUAAAACAGAUGGUUCUUGACUUCAUGGCCAAGUGGCCGAAGACAUCAAGCAAGCACAUAUAUAUCCAACAAGAUAAUGCCAAACCACACAUUCAAGCAAAUGAUCCAGAGUUUCAAGCGGUUGCAAAUACUAAUGGAUUUAAAUUCCAAUUAGUAUGCCAGCCAGCUAAUUCACCGGAUACAAAUGUCAACGACCUCGGGUUUUUCAGAGCUAUUCAGAGCCUAAAAGAUCAAAAACCAGCCAAGAAUGUCGAGGAGUUACUAGAGAAUGUGAAAGCUGCGUACGAGGAAUACCCACCAGAGAAGCUCAACAAUGUUUUCCUAACCUUACAAGGCUGCUAUCAAGAGAUAAUCAAGUGUAAGGGUGGGAACAACUACAAGAUUCCACAUAUGAAUAAAGAAAGACUGUCCAGGCAGGGGAUGUUACCACGAUGUAUUCAAGUUGAAGAAUCACUUGUCAAGGAAGGUCUAGAGUUCCUACAGAUGGAAUCAAGUGAAGAAGGCGAAAUUUUAAGGCUUGAAGAUGUCAUAGAAGGGCUAAAUGAAGUGUUACUUAUAGACUAG